AUGUCAGCACUCAUUGGCAAACUUCGAAGUAUCGGCAACCGAGAUCUUUCUGGAGCUCUCAAUGAACGGGCCUUCGAUUUCGACGAUCUCGCCCGAUAUGGAAUCCAAGGCGCUGUCACCCGUGUGGCUUUCGAUCAGGUGCAAUCUCUUCUCGCUAUCGGAACCUCCUCUGGAGCCAUCCACAUCUUUGGACAAGUCAACGUUGAGGUGAUCGUUCAGCUCCCCAGCAACCGUUCCUCGGUCGACUAUCUUGCUUUUGUCGCUGGUAAGUACAUUGUUGCAGUCGAUGGAGCUGGAAUUCUCCACAUCGUUUCGCUCGAAAGCCGAACAGCCAUCUACAGCAACAACAUCUCCGGCAACAUCUCAUGCAUUGCCACGGAUCCCACGUUGGACUGGGUCUUUAUCGGCCUAGAAUCCGGCCAGAUCAUCACCUACGACGCCGACCGAGGCUGCAUGUCGCCGUUCCGAAUUGGCAACCUCCAGAAAGCUGUGCUUCCCGCGGCCCGUCUGUCUCACGUGAUUUCUAUCGAGCUCAGUCCACGUGAGUAUUCAGUGCUGCUUGUCGCCUACAAGGAGAUUGUCGUGCUAUUUUCUCUGGUUGAGAACAACAUCAUUAAACACUUCAAGUACGAAAUUCCCGCGGGAGCUCCUGGAGGAGACACGAACGCAGCCACGCAAACGAUCAACCGAUCACCUCCAUGCCUGGGAGCCACAUGGCACCCCAACGGACACCAUGUAGUCAGCUGGCAUGUGGAUGGCUCCAUUGUUUUUUGGGAUGCCACCGAGGGAAAUCUUCUGCAGGCUCGAACAGUGACAGAUUCCAACGUCAACGAGCCCAAGAGAUCAAAGACUCCUCCUGGAGGCCGGAGACUUCCUAUCACAGGCCUGGCUUGGAUCUGCGAGAAGAAUCCUGAAAACACAUCGAUUCUCGUGGCUGGUGGUGACAUCGACAACGGUCCCAUUCGAGGUCUGACGUAUAUGGACUUUGGACCUACUCCCACGGUUGCUGUAACGUCAUACGCAGCCAUGGGAACCCAUUACGGCACCCCUAAACGUACCCGGAUGUUCCCUAUCACAGAGGGAGCCGAUGUCACGGACUUCUUCCCUCUUGGAGCAGCUUCUCCUUUCUACAACCGGUUUCACGAUCCUGGUGUGGUGGUUGUGCUGCUCAACAUUGGAGAAAUCUAUUCAAUCAAGCUCCCGGAAGGCGUCCCCAUUCACACCGCAUCGGUUAUGCCUCCUUCUAUUGGAUGGGUGCACCCCCACACUACCACUCUCAACCUCGCUGCUGUACCUCGAAACCAGUGGGUGGGCAUGAUGGCAUCCGUCAAAGGCCACCAGCCCUAUUUGGUGGGUGGAGCCCCUGCCCAGCGUCAUUUGCGACGUUUUCAGACCAGAAACGCACUGUCUACGGGCCACAUGAACGGCUUCGUAAGAAUUUGGGACGCUUCGCGGGGUGAACUCCAGGAGAGUAAAGUCCUUGAAGUCGAUACCAAGGACGCUCUCAAGUUACAGGAAGGAGUGCCGGUGUCUAAAGUGAGUUUUGCAGGCCAAAACGCCGAGCUUGCGGUUGCCGUAUCCACUGGGCAUGUGCUUCUGUACAAGUUUGACGUGAAUAAGAACCCCAAGCCUGGUCUGGAUCGAAUGAAGGACCUGAACCUCUCCGAGAGCAAGGAGAAGGUUAUUGAUAUUCGGCACCGAUUCACUCCCGGUCUGAAGGAAGGCUUCAUGCCCAUCUCGCUUGUGAACAUGAACUACGGCAACAUCACUGCUCUGGACCACUCCAACGUUGGUUUUGUUGCAAUCGGAUACGAGAAUGGCCGUGUGGUUAUUGUCGACCGACGAGGACCUGCCAUUAUCUAUGAUGAGCCAUGCUCUCAAAAUAGUGGUGGAGGAGUUUUCCGCUCUCGUGGAUCCGGUGUAGGAUCUGCCCACGUGACAAGGUUUGAGUUCUCCAUUUGUUGUAUCGACGACGAUGAGUUUUCAUCCAUUGUGCUGUUUGCUGGAACUUCCAACGGAGAGCUCAUCACCUACCGGUUUGUGCCUAACGGCCGAGGAGGCUACAAAGUCGAGUAUGUGAACCGUCUGCGAAUCUGCGACGACCGAAUCCUUGCUAUUAACGCUAUUGAUGCUGAGCGGGGUUCUGCAGCUCUGGCUUUCCCUCACAUUAUGGCCAAGCUGGGCCAGGAUGUGCUCAUUCCAGGUACUGUGGUUGUGACUAGUGUCCAUGACGUGCGUGUGAUCCGUCCAAGUGCUUCCAAGAUGACCCACAAGAAGUUCCCUCAGUACUCGAUCCUCGGAGGAUCCAUCUGUUUCCUGCGAGAAGGUGACUCCAUGGCGUUGGUGUGUAUCACCGACACUUCCGAGCUGGUCUGCCUUGCUCUGCCCUCCUUGCGAGAGAUGUCUGUGAAGAAACUGCCGUACCGAAUUGAUCCCCGAACUGGUGUAAACUCCGUCUUCUCUCUGACUGGAGACAUCAUCAUCCAGAUUGAUAGACACGAAGCUGGCCUGAUUUCAGUGUUUGGCAAGGGUGUAAAAUUUGAGGAUAUCCCUGGAGAUCUGCUCUACGAUCCUCUCAAGGUAUGCCCUCCGCGCCCUGUGGUCUCAACUCUUCAGUGGGUGAGGGGAUCCGUUUACACCACAAAGGAGGACAUCGACAAGCUGAUUGGAGGUGCCCGACGACCCAAGUCACAGGCUAUGAUCCAAGAGGAAGAGAGAGCUCGAGAAGAGCAGCGUCGACAGCGUGAUCUGGAGCGACGAAAACACCAGGAGCGAGUGGCCCAUCGACAAAGGUAUGAUGAGUACUACACUGGAAACGGCGACGAUGACGAGUACUAUGAUGAAGACGGUGUUCGGCGAAGAAACGCAGGCGGCAUACAGGGUGCUUGGGAUAACCUAGAGGAGACGGGCCAUUCGUACUUGAACUCUGUAAACGAGAGUAUCAAGGAGGCUCAGAACGAUAUGUUUAAGGGUAUCUUGAAGAGUAAGUUUGGAUUCUAG